AGAUAGCGCUGGCGUUGCCCUCAAUGCGUCAUGAAUGUAUGUGCUGUUUGUGUGUUGUGCCACACAAGAGCAAACGUCUUAGUAUAUUUUUAAAUUGUUUCGUGGUUGAUGUGUUGAUUGACGGCAGCUGCAACCCGAAAAUAUGGCCAUUCUAAGGAGGUGCUGCUGUUGUUUUCCCCUACGUAGGGGAACAGUUACACUUGGUGUUAUGGGAUUUACUGGGGCUAUAACAGCCAUAAUAUUUCUGAUCUUGGCUCUUAUCUUUGUUGAGGAAAUAGCAACAUUUGUUAUCAAAUUUAUGGAAAAAAUCAUUGAUUUUCCCAGAGCUACUGGAACAAGACAUCUUCCAAAAGAAGAUCAAGAUAAAAAGAAGGAAGAGCUGCAUGAAUUUUUAGUUCAUGCAUAUAGCACCUAUGUCUUUGUUCUUGCUCUACUUGGUGAGAUUCUUGGUGGAAUAUUAGCUGGACUCUUAGUCUGGGGAGCUGUGAAGAAACGCCGUAAUUUCUUAUUGCCAUGGCUUAUUUUUGCUGUCAUGGUCAUGGUUGGCACUGUGGUUUGCAUCAUCACUUGUGUCGUCAUCUUGCCCAUAUCAUACGGCAUUACUUUUUUAAUUAUCGGUGUACUGGAACUUUUGGUUAUGAUCUACUUUUGGCUGGUUGUGUUCAGCUUCUUCCAACAGUUACGAGAAAACGAGCAGAUGAAUAUAAAUUCGCCAGCUGAAAUGAAGCGCCUCACUUCACACAUGUAAUCCGUCCCUACUAUACGCAAUUUAAGUGCCUUCCAAACAAAACGCCCGAAUCAUGACUAUAGUUCCACUCAAGUGGCCAUCCUAAUUUAAAAUAAUAAUGCCAAGCGAAGCAUAAAAAUAUUCACAUAAACCCAGUGAUUUAUCACAAUGCGCUACUAUAUAGCUCUCAUGUUAAACAGUGCCUUAUAAAUUUAAGUAGUCUAGUCUUGAAUCUCUAUAACAUUUGGUGAAGGUAAAAUAUCUCGUGAUAUUUGAAAUCACAUAACGUUUCUCAAAUUAAUUAUCUCUUAUUUUAUCUCAUGAUUGCAGCUUUAAUACUGAUGGCUUUUAAAUUUCGUAAACUAUAUGCUAAUAUCUAUAAAAUACAUUUUUUUACAUGCUAA